AUGACAGAAAUCACAAUUGGUGUUAUAUCUCUCCAAGGGGAUUUCCAACCACACAUAAAUCACUUCCAUAAAUUAGAACAACCGUCAUUGAAUGUGGUAGAGGUUCGAAAUAAGGAAGAUUUAAGUGUCUGUGAUGGUUUAGUUAUACCUGGUGGAGAAUCAACGACACUAAGGAAAUGUUUUGCAUAUGAUAACGAUUCCUUAUAUAAGGCAUUAAACGAUUUUAUUCACGUGAAGAAAAAACCAGUAUGGGGCACCUGUGCGGGUUGCAUCCUUCUGUCGAAUAAUGUAGAGAACAAUGAAGUGCAAAAUAAAAUGUACGAAAAUAAUUUCUCCUUGGGGGGGCUCGAUAUAGUCAUAAGCAGAAACUACUAUGGGUCACAGAACGAUAGUUUUAUAUGUUCGUUGAAUGUAAAUUCUCAAAGCAGUGUGUUUAAAAAGAAUUUACACGGGGUCUGCAUACGAGCUCCUUACAUAAAGGAAAUUCUCUCGGAUAAGGUACAAACACUGGCAACAUUUUCACAUGAGCCAUUUGGAUCCAACAUCAUAGCAGCUGUUGAGCAAAACAAUUGUUUAGGAACAGUUUUCCAUCCAGAGUUAAUGCCACAUAGUUCCUUUCAUCAUUAUUUUUAUGAGAAGGUGAAAAGUAGUAAAAAGGGUGUGUAA